ACAAAGGUUGCAAGCGUCGGGGUUUCAUUUGCGCAAUUUUAUUUUGGGGUGGACAUUCUUUACGCGCAAAGGAACAAGGUGGUAGCAUUACAUUCGAGGAAGGAGCGCCAGCAGUACAGAAAAAGGGCAACAUGGCGGUUACUGCCAACCCCGACUCGGCGUCAGGCCGGGAAGAACAAGACUUUUUCCACAAUGACGCUCUUGUUAAGAUACGCUCCCAAACCAACUCUGGUCUCGAGAACCAAAAACAGGCUGCCAUCAUUCUCACUGCUGUCGAAGAAGCUAUUCAGGAACAAGGCGAACAAUUGACACCUUUGGCUUAUUUCGGGGCGCUAAUGACCAUUUUGGAACAGCAGCGGGCGACAGCUGUCGAUGCGGAACAGCGUGGGGUCCUUGUUGCCGUGACACACAUUUUGUCGAUUGUCUUCCCAAGAAUACCUAGCUCCAUAUUGAGACUAAAGUUUGAUGACGUGUCGCGGACGCUGGGUGGGACACUCGAGGCAUAUCAGGACGAACAGCCACUUGUUCGAUCUGUACUCGCGUGCUUUGAAUCUCUCCUGUCUGCUCAAGAUCACGCGCGGUGGACAACAGAUCUGACGUGUAAAAAGCUGUUCCAGGUGCUGUUGGUCAUGUCUGUCGAUGGGCGGCCCAAAGUGCGACGACGGGCGCUUGAGGCUGUCAAACGGAUUCUUUGCCGUCCACCACCACCGAGCACACACCACCCCGCUACAUUGACGACCAUUGAUUACACGAUGGGAUCUUUGCAAGAAUAUGCAGAAACAGUGGGGAGUGUGUCCGCUAAGAACAGAAAGGAACUCGAACAGCAGGUUCUCCACGUUUUGGUGUUUCUCAAAGCAACGCUCCCGGUUUUGGCCAUGCAGGGAGGUCAUGAUCGGACGAGAGGUAAACUGCGUGCGCUUUGCGAGACAUUACUGAGAUUACCUGUUCGAUCAUCCGGAACUGGGAAUACCAUCUUGACCCAGUGGAUCUUUUCCGUCCUGGAAGCCCUAUUUGGAACCUCUUUGGAGAAAGAGGAAAUCUUUCCCCAUUUGGACAUGGCGCUUUUGGACUCUGUCAUUCGCGCGCUCUUGGAGAUGCGUCCUUACCAAAACGACGCAACACUGAUCCCGGCUUGGUUGGAAUUAAUUGGGAAAGGGUUUUCGAAAUUGGCGGAGCUCGCUAGGGAAGCCGAGCGAAACGAGGACGGCAUGAUGUCGACAGAGAGGCAGUAUGCUUUGACGGACUUUCCUGACUUGCUUGUUUCGGUUUUCAAAAAGACUUUUGAGGCCGUGUUUGGUCAGCAGGCCACGAAGGCUGUCAUUGUCAACAAGGCUGCACAAGUAUUUUCGGCUAUGGUGCGAGAAUGCGUGACAGAGACUAUGGUGCAAGAAGCCAGCCGGUCGGACAUGACAGACGACGCAGAAUCCCGUCUCAUGGUGAUGAUCCAAGUCAUCAACACCGGGUUAAGCGACAUUCGCUACCGAUCCGCGUGGGGUGGCAUCCUGGGAAUCGCUGAAGCACUAUUUGAUCGCCUUGGUAGUGUCCUUCCUCAACUGGUCCGCGGAACUCUAUUUAAUGUCAUGGCAUUCCGUGACGACCCAGCCUAUGGCGAAAGUUUCCCCUACAAGGAGGAACUGGAGGUCGCCUUGCAUGCUGCGGUCCAGUCACUCGGCUUUGAAAACUUUGUCUCGUUUGUUCCUCUCAACAUUGAGAACGAAAUUCCAUCCCAGCCCCGUCGUCCCUACCUCCUAUCCACGUUCAUGGAAGCACUCAACAGACCUCUCCCCACCAUCAUUGGCAUACCAUCCUCUGCAUUUGGGCCACAUACAUUGUCUUUUCUCUCAAAGGACCUGUUACCCCUCGCCCAGCGCAUGUUCGAAAAGAGCGGUGAUGCGUGGAGAGGUAAUCGGCAGGUCGAAGCCAAGCUGUACGAAACGAUAGGGACGCAGGUAUGGGCUCUAGUACCAGGAUUCUGCUCGACACUUCCUCCGGACGUAGAAUCAUCCUUUGCAACAACUGGACCCGUGUUUGGAAAGAUUCUCCAAGGUGCCCCGAAAGAAGUCUUUCUGGACUUACCGUCCGAACCGGAUUUCAGGCCCGUUGUGUGUGAAGCGUUACAGAAUUUGGUGGAGGGAUACAGGAAAGUAGCAGAUGUGAAAGGCAUGGAGGACGGGCGAGAUGACGUUGUUGCACAACGAAAGAAAGAUGCCAACCAGGCUGCACAAGGAUUGGAAAACUUUAAAUCCUACGCAACACGCUUUCUCAGCGUCCUCUGCAAUAAUUACACUACCCUCCCUCCGGAUAUUCUCGACGCCACUAAAGGCCAAGCUCUCCAAUCCCUCCAUGAACGGGAAAACCAACACUAUGCCCGAACGAUUCAGUCCUUCCUCCCCAUCGCCGAUCCAAGCGCUGUCAACAGUUACUUUUUGUCCCUCGUGACAACGCUCCUUCAAUCCCAAUCACAACCACAUCCGGAACCGGAAUCAGCUGUUGCGCAAAUGGGGAGGUUGAGGGACUAUGCUAUACUCGAUUUACUUUUGAUUCUUUUGCCUUUUGUGCCAGCAUCCACGACGUCGGGUGAUUCGCCUGUUGAGGUGUUUUACAAGGUUCUCACUGGGCAGCUACGGGAUGCGGACCCUACGCUCCAGAAAAGGACUUACAAGGCGUUGAACCAUGUGAUAGAGUACCUUCGUCCUCCUGUUCUCAACCUGGAAGAGCUGGUGAAUCGUCUCCUAGAUCCCGAAGUUCUGUCCAAGGCUUCCUCGGGCGCCAAGAAGGCGCGUAUGCAGCUGUUGCAACGUGUCGCAAUUGCCAUCCCGGCUCAGGACCAGGCUCUGCUGUUGACGUAUAUCCCUGUUGCGUUGUCUGAAGUCAUGUUGGCUACCAAGGAAGCGAGUGAAAAGGCGCGCAAUGCAGCGUACGAUUGUCUUGUAGCCAUGGGACGCAAGAUGUUGACCGGGGGUGUGACGGAGGAUGCGUGGGACAUGGACGCUCUCCAGCGGGCGCUGGAUGAUGAGACCCCCGGCGGCCAAGUCAAUUUGAAAGAAUAUUUCACAAUGGUGGUUGCGGGGUUGGCGGGUGAUACGGCUACGAUGCAAAGUGCUGCUGUGUCGAGUUUGGGGCGACUGGUCUUUGAGUUUGGGUCGCGGUUGGAUGAUGCCUUUUUGAGAGAGUUGGUGUCGACUGUUUUGAUUGUGAUGGAGUCAAAGAAUCGGGAGGUCGUCAAAGCCGCGCUCGGAUUUGUUAAAGUUGCCGUUGUUACGGUGCCACAGGAUGUGUUGGCGGAUGAGCUGGAGCAUAUCGUUUCGUCCAUUCUCGCGCACACGAGCCCACACAAAUCCGCCUUCAAGUCCAAAGUCCGACACAUUUUUGAGCGCCUUGUCCGAAAGUUCUCUUAUGAAGCCGUUGAAGGCUUUGUCCCCGAUUCGGACAAGAAACUUUUGAACAACAUUCGGAAACGCCGUGAACGUCUCAAAAAGCGCAAAGCAGCCGCUCGGCAAGCCCAAGAAGAAAGCGAGAGCGAGGAGGAACAGAUUGAGAAGCCCCGAAAAGUCGCCCAAAAGCAAUUUGAAGAGGCCUUGUAUGGAUCUGAAUCUGAAUUGUCGAGUAGCGAUGAUGAUGAAAAGUAUAUUCCCGACCGCUUCAAAGACGCCCUUCAACGCACAAAGACCCCUCAAGCUUCAAAGACGCGUAUAAGAGAAGACGAAGACGUGGCCGAUUUUUUGGACGCCCGCAUCGUUUCCCGCGUCACUUCUGCACCUUCCUCCAAAUCCCGCUCCACGCCACAUGAAUUCGCCACUCAAGACGGUAAACUCGUAUUCGAAGAUCCCUCCGAUUCUGAUGAAGCUGAACCACAAGAACCUGAACCCGAAGACCACUACAAGGCCUCCCGCAUCUCUGAACUCGCCUUUACACGCACCCCAACUGGCAACAUCAAAUUCCUGCAGCCCAAUAAACGCAAGCGCGAUGACCCUGAUGAAGAGGGUGCUACGGGGACCGGUUUGGGAUGGGGACAAGGCAAAUUGAAGAAGAAGGACGAUAUGGAUAAAGCAGAGAUGGAGCGCAUGUUGGGGCGGCAGUACCGCGCGAAACGCGCCAAGGGGGAUGUCAAAAAGGCUGGUAUGCCUGAUCCGUUUGCGUAUAUUCCUUUGACAUCAAAGGUGGUUGGAGGACAAAAACGCAAGGGCGCAAAGAUUGCGGGACGGUUCAAGAGUAUGAUGAAGGCUACUCGGGAUGGGAGUGAAGUGGUUGUAAAGGGCGGCGGAUCGGGAGGAACGAAUAAAGGUGGUAAGAAGGGAAACAAGCGACACAAGUAGAAUUGUAUUGGUAUUUUUUUGCAUUUACUUUUUUUUGUAUUUAUGUACAUGGGUUUUACCAUAUGGAAUGAGAUUAAAACGUAUUAAUGAUCUGA